AUGAGCGCCUCCGCAGACAACACGGCCUCCGCCCUCCGCAUCGCGGGGAUUCUCGGCGCCCAGCUCGUGCCCGCCCUCCAAGCCAUCCAAGGCGCGAAAGACGUUACCCUAGCCUGCGGUUGCGGGAGCAUGGCCGAAGGCUACGCGAACCCGUGCAGACAGCCCGUCUGCACGGUCUGCGUGAAGGACCUGUGCCCAAACUGCGCCGCCCAGUACACGUCGCCGAAUCCUCGCUGUGGUCACCACCGUGGACCCUUCUGCCCUCACAAGAACUGCCCGAAUGGGAACGUCGUCGAGUACUACCGCGCGAACCCCCAGAACGGCGCAGAGCUCUUCAAGGCCGUCUCCGAGCACGGGGCGCACAUCCAGGAGCUCGUCGACCAUUUGAUCGUCCUGACGAGGGACAUGUAG